GGGGCCGGAGCCGGAGCCGGAGCGGUGCGGGGGGAGCCGCCGCGCCGCCGCCGCCGUCUCUCCCCUCCUUCCUCCCGCAGCCGCCCCUGCCCGUCGAGGCAGCGCUCCCAGGCUCCCCCGGGGCGCUCGGCAUGAGGAGGAUCAGGGCCAAUGCCAUCGCCAUCCUGACCGUCGCCUGGAUCCUGGGCACUUUCUACUACUUAUGGCAGGACAACAAGCCCCGCUCGGCGGCCGCCGGCAGGUCCGCCGGCAGCGGCGGCGGUAGCGGCAGCGCCCGGAGCGGGCAGAGGGCGGCCGGCAGGCUGGAGCUCCGCCGGGAAGAGAGGACCAUCCCCCUCAUCAUGACAAGGGCUCCCCAAGGAGAGAAGAACAGCCGGAGGGGUUUUGAUGAAAAGGCUUACUUGUCCUCAAAGCUGCUGAAGGCCGGAGAAGACCCUUACCGCCAGCAUGCUUUUAAUCAGCUAGAGAGCGACAAACUCAGCAGCGAUCGGCCCAUUCGGGACACCAGGCACUACAGGUGCACUUCUGUACGCUAUGACACAGACUUGCCAGCUACCAGCCUCAUCAUCACCUUCCACAAUGAGGCACGCUCUACCCUGCUCCGCACGGUGAAGAGCGUCCUGAACCGCACCCCUCCCAGCCUCAUCCAGGAGAUCAUUUUGGUAGAUGACUUCAGCUCAGAUCCUGAGGACUGCCAGCUCCUUACCAAGAUCCCAAAGGUCAAGUGUCUACGAAACACCCGGCGAGAAGGGCUGAUUCGCUCUCGGGUGCGAGGGGCAGAAGUGGCUACUGCUGACAUCCUCACCUUCUUGGACAGUCACUGUGAAGUCAACAGCGAGUGGCUGCAGCCAAUGCUUCAGAGAGUGAAAGAGGAUUAUACCCGAGUGGUGAGUCCAAUCAUUGAUGUUAUCAGCCUGGAUAAUUUUGCCUACCUGGCAGCAUCAGCAGAUCUGAGGGGAGGGUUUGACUGGAGCCUUCACUUUAAGUGGGAGCAGAUUCCUAUAGAGCAGAAGAUGUCCAGAACAGACCCAACUCAGUCUAUAAGAACACCUGUCAUAGCAGGAGGCAUCUUUGUGAUUGACAAGUCCUGGUUUAACCACCUGGGAAAAUAUGAUACUCAAAUGGACAUCUGGGGAGGAGAAAAUUUUGAGCUCUCUUUCCGAGUGUGGAUGUGCGGUGGCAGCUUGGAGAUCGUUCCCUGCAGUCGAGUGGGACAUGUGUUCAGGAAGCGCCAUCCCUAUGACUUCCCUGAGGGCAAUGCACUGACUUACAUCAAGAACACCAAGCGCACAGCAGAGGUGUGGAUGGAUGAAUACAAGCAGUACUACUAUGAGGCCCGGCCAUCUGCCAUUGGGAAGUCGUUUGGAAGUGUUGCAGACCGAGUGGAGCAGCGACGCAAACUGAACUGUAAAUCCUUCCAGUGGUAUCUGGAGAACGUCUACCCCGAGCUCAAGGUUCCUGAAAAGGAGCUGAUUCCAGGAGUAAUUAAACAAGGAGGAAACUGCCUGGAGUCUCAUGCACAGGAUACCACAGGGAAUACGUUGGCUGGCAUGGGAAUCUGUAAAGGAACAGUGAACAAUCCACCUGUCACUCAGGAGUGGGUAUUCAGUGACCCUCUAAUUAGACAGCAGGACAAGUGUCUUUCCAUUACCUCCUUCUCUACUGGCUCUCAAAUCACACUGGAAGCCUGCAAUCAAAAAGACAGCAGACAGAAGUGGAAGAUGAAAGGCAGUUUCAUUCAGCACUUUGUCAGUGGUCUCUGCCUGGAAAACCAGACUGGAAGAGUGGUGACCAACCCUUGCCAAGCAGAUGUACCUGGCCAACAGUGGGAGCUGCUACAAGCAACAUGAUGGUAGCACAGAGAUAUCCUUGUUUCUUUGUGCAUGAGACUUUGGGAACAGAAGGGGAUUGGAAAGGGAAGAAUGGUUUUGUAUGUCUGACUCUAAAUGUUUUCAUUGUGCCCAUCUGCAAGCCACCAUUUCAGCUGAGCACUUGGUGUUUUUGAGCUUUUCAGAGAAUAAGCUGGGGGUGAGAGAGGAGAGAGUUCUUGAAAUCUUCCCAUCUGUUGUCUUAAGUUCUCCUUUGUAGCUGAUGUCCGUGCACAGCUGCACCCAGAGAGGGGGUAGGAUCCAGCCCAAUACUCAGAGUGACUAGAACUGCAUUGCAGUCUCCCCAUCCGUUCCUUUCUCUGCAUUCAGAGUCCACAACCUUCAGUCCAACAGCUUAAUCAAUGCUUAUACAAACAUUGGUAGCUCUUUGGCUUCCCUGGCUUUUCACUCUAACAUUGUGCAUGUGUGUGUCUCAGUGAGGACUGGCCAGAAGAGGCAUCGUGAUGAGUGGAGGGGUUGGGAAGGAACCAGCAGACCCUGGGGGCAGGUUUGUAACCUCAUUCUGGUGGGCCCGUUCCUUCCUCUGCCUGCAGUAGCUGCCCUGCAGCCAAAAGGGCUGAGGUUGGGAAAUGGGGCACAAUGCUGACAAGAGAGCUGGAAAAGGGACAAUCUGUUUUAGCAGCAUAACCAGGGAUUGUUUGGGGGACUGUUUCCUGUUGAACUCUUGCUUCCAGUUUUUUACAGGUGAAAGCCAGCCAUGCCUCCCUGAGUGAUCCAAGCCCUCAGGCAGCCCAGCUGGACCUGGGUUCAGGGUACCACAUUCCUGCGGAGCUGGUCAGAGACAGGGGCUGACACUUUAGGGUGCUGGGGGAGCUGGGACCGUUCUCUGGCUGCUCUUCCUGGUGCCAGACACUGCCUGUUGCACCCCACACUGAAGGUGAUGCAGAGACCUGUGUGGGCAGCACACGCUGACACUGACACUGCAUUUGGCUCAGGCCUGUGGCAGUAGCCCAUCCAGUGACCCGCUGCGAGAGGCAGACAGCCCCUAGGCUAUCACAGGCUUGCUGCUGCCACUGCAGGAGCGCAGCCCUCUCACUGGCUCCAUGACAAGCCACCCAGUCCCUCUGUCUAGUUGCUUUUCCCCCUCUCUCUCAGAAGGAGGUGAAAAGGCCUGGGGCUGCUCCCCUUGCGAUGCCCAGAUCUCCUCCUGAUGCGCACCUUGGGGAGAUUAGUUGGUGAAGCUGAAACUGCCCCCUGCACAAAUGCUGCCACAGUACAGGCCUGCCCUGAGACAUUUCUCCUUUGUGUUCUGGAAAUACUGAAGACAACUGGUGUCUCUAGCUAGCAUCCCAGUCCUGCUCCCAGUUACCAGUCAGCUGUAGCUGAGUGUGGGUUUUCAGACUUGCUAGGGGAAGCUUACCUUAUUCAAAUUAAAAAAAAAUCCUCACAAUGUUACCUUUUCCUACUAGAUCUGUUAAAUUUUCCUCUUGGAGCUAGGUUUUUUUAAACCAACCUUCCUCUCCAAGAGCCUGGUAGGGAAACCAGAUGGUGGUGCCACCUUCAGUAAGCAAUUGCUUGCCUGGAUCCUUUCUGAUCUGGUGUAAAAGAAACAGGAUCUUCAUUUGGAUUUUGAACAGCUGGCUGCUUUUUAUCAUGCUUGUGUCCCUCUCUAAUUCUUUCUCCUACCUUGAUAUUAGCCCAAACAGUUGACCAAAGAACAGAUAGUUCUUCAUACAUUGCAUGUGCUCAGAAGUGCUUGUGUGAAAACUGGAUGAUUUGUUUUCUGUUCUCGGUUCUUUUAUUUAAAAAAUUAAAUCAGCCAGGUGGCAGGAGCUCUUUUCCUGUUUCCCCCUUCACUUUGACAUCAGCUCACCAUCUUGACACCGAUUAACCAGAUGAAUGACCUGCCUGCACUGUGAAAACUCAGGAGGCAGUUCCCUUUGGUCCCAAGCUUACAGCAUGGUGCAGCCACACUUCUGUAUGGGAAUGGGGGCACUGACUCCACAGAGAUUUCUCUUUCCCUAUAUAGAGAUGCUUUGGGCCUGAACCACUGACACCAGGAAAGAGCAGAGAAGGAAAGUAAGUAGCCUAGGAACAGAAAGAGGGCAAGGCGGGCAGACAGGGAUAUGCAGGAGAUGCUACUUCCAGAACAGCAUCAUUAGGCAGUAUGAGCAGGAACAGUCAAGUUCUCACAUCCCUGGCUUGAAAAAAGUUGAUGCAAAGACAGACGAAAGGCCAUUGAGCAGGUACUGUACGUAAGCUCUGUAUACAACGAAGUGCUAAAGGACUAAGUAUUUUCAUUAAAAUGGAUCCUAAGUGGACCAUCUGAGCUUCCCCCGUCUCACUCUCCAGCAGCUUAAGGGUUGCAGCUAACAGCAUGUUCCCUUCUCCACCAGGUACUGCUUCUUUCCUUCUUGCUCCCACUGUGUGUGUGCAGCUUUCUUGCAGUUCCUUCUUCAUAACCGUGCUGGGACUAGGACCCAGCUCCUCUACAAACAAUUCUCAUGACUGCUGCAGACCACAGGAGCCCUGCUUAUGUACAGUCUCCAAGCUUUGGGCCAGCCCUGGUUCAAAGGGCUCUUGUCAGCACGCUGGCUGCUGCCCUUGACUUUGUGCUUGGCUCCAGUGUUGGAGGUUACUGACUGCUCCUGGAGCAGAGGUACCUGGACUAGCUGUGUUGAUUUGUGCCUCUUUUCCUACUGCUCACCCCUUGGCAGAGCGUGAACUGGCAUCCAUUUGGGGCCGUCAGCUAGGGCAGCUGAAGGUGGGACACUCCCCUUCUUCAGCUGCCCUGGCCUGAGGGAGAAAAGGGAAAAGGUGGGCAUGUGCUGGAUGUCGAUAACUUAAAUUGCCCCUGGAGUUAGGGGCUACCAGAGCCCCAGCUCUAACCAGUUUGGGGCACAUUCCUCUGAGGUCACCUCCCCACUGCUUACUCCACUGUCAGCUAAAGCAGUGCUCACAGGACCUUCCUGCAGGCCCAGUGCAGACCUCCCCCCACAUCAUCUUCUGGAAGCUGUUGGUUUCCAAUGGAUUUUAGCAAUUGCUGAAAAGGAGGUGUGUUACAAAAGGUUGCUUUCAAGUGUGGGCAAAUGAAAUUUCUCCUCAGAAUAAACAAAGCCUUGUCCAAAUUCAUUAUUAGCAUACUUUCCAUUUCCCUUGCACUGAAGAGAAGGAGGAACAAUGUUAUCUGUGCUUUUUUCCUCCAAGGUCCAUGCAGUGCCAUGUUUUGGAACCAGAUUCCAGUGGGUUUUUUGAAAUCAAACUGAGCCCUCAAAUUUGGCCCAGUGAUUUGUUUCCUGAACAGUGGGAACAAGGAGCUGCUCGCCCUUGUUUUCCUGUUUACUUUAAACAGCCUCCUAGACUGUCAAGACAGAGCAUUUGCAUUGGUAAAACCUUUUAAGAAAGCUAUUAUUGUAUCUGAUCAUCCAGUGUAAUUUCAUGUGCUGUGAACCAAUGGGGGUUUAUUUAAGAGGAGCUGAAACUACUGUUGUACAGAAAUCAAUUUCAAAAGGUUUAUUUUCCCCACUCACUUGUAAGUUGCACUUUGCCAGAUGUAAUUUAUGUGGAGCCCAGAUUUGUUUUCCCUUUUCUUGAAGAAAGCAUGUGCCAGAAGCUGUUUAAUGCCUGGAAUAAAAUCCACUUUGAAACAA